AUGCGAUCGGCAGGCCAUGUUGUGGCCGUCGCAUUGGAUGCGGUUUUCGAUGCUUUGGAAUCCGGUAUCACAACCGCUGAGCUAGACGACAUCGCAAGGCGAAAGAUUAGCGCCGAGGGAGCGAAACCCGCGUUUCUCGGUCUCUAUGGUUUCCCCGCAGUGGCAUGCAUCUCGCUUAACGCCGAGAUUGUCCAUGGCAUUCCUGGGCAGCGCGUAGUCUCCGAUGGUGACUUGGUGAGCGUAGAUUGCGGCGCGAUAGUAGAUGGCUUUUACAGCGAUUGCGCGCGUACCGCCGUCGCCGGCGAAUCCGCCGACGAGGAAAGUAGGCGAUUGGUCGAUGUUUGCCGCGAGUCGCUGGUGCGUGGCAUCGCGCAAUGCAUGCCGCACAAUCGCAUCGGCGACGUUUCGGAUGCCGUUGAACAAUAUGUUCGUGACGCGGGCUUCGAAUUGGUACGCGAGUACGUAGGACACGGCGUGGGGCGCGCGUUGCAUGAAGCACCGCCGGUGCCGAACUUCGGCACCCCUGGAACGGGUCCGCUAUUGAUGGAAGGUAUGACCAUCGCAAUCGAGCCGAUGAUAAUGACGGGAUCUUGGGAGACCGAGGUCAUGGACGAUGGAUGGACCGUUGUCACUGCAGAUCGCUCGUUGUCAGCGCAUUUUGAACAUACCGUGGCAAUAACCGCUGACGGACCGGAAAUUUUAACGCUGGCUCGUCAAGUUUGA